AUGGCCCCCAAGAGACACAUCCCCACUGCUCCAGAAAUCCCAGACGAGCUCCCCGACUCUCUACCCAUCCCGCCCCUUCCCGAGAUCCACGAUGUCUUUCUCCGUCGCCAGGUCUUCACCCACACCAGCUAUAUCGCAGCACGCAAGAAGGGCGAGGAUUUUGCCAAGGAAGAGUUUCAGCAGGAUAAUGAGAAGCUCGAGUUUGUUGGAGACUCUUUGCUGGGAAUCAUAGUGGUUUGUCUUUUGCAAGAUCUCUACCCUAACUUGAACCCCGGCAAUUCAACGCUCUUGAAGUCCAUCCUCGUCAGCAACCAAACCCUUGCCCAAAUUUCCCGACGCUAUGGCAUGCAAGACCUCCUCAUCACCGACGUCAGUGCUUCGGAAACCUUGAAGAGCGGCAUGAAGACCGUCGCCAACAUCUUUGAAGCGUACAUCGCCGGCAUGUUCUACUCUUACCUCCAACACGGCGACGUCACUACUGACGACACGCGUGGUCCCAAGACCCGGGGCGAAGGCAUCACCUACCUCGAAGCCUGGCUCCGCCCCCUCUUCACCCCCAUCGCCGAAUGGGCUGUCGGCUACAUCACGCUCGAGAGAAAGCGUCUCAAGACCGAAUUAGCAGCGGUAGAUGGGAUAAUGGAUGAUCAAUUUGAUGAUGUCGCUGUCAAGAUUUGCGCGAGUGCUAGAUUGAACGAGUUCUUUACGGUGAAAGGAAAGGGUAUACCGGAGUAUGUAUAUGAGGAGGCAGCGGAGAAGGGGCUGUGGUCUUGUACCGUGAAGGCCAGGGAUCGGGAGGGGGAUCUUCACGUCGGCCAAGCCACCAGGGGCGCGAAGAAGAAGGCCAGUCAAGUCGCCGCGUACAAGAUUCUCCGCGAUAUCGGUAUCGUGUAG